UACCACUGCCACUGGCGAGGCUGCAGCAAGCCUGAAUCCUUCGGCAACAAGCCCAAACUCACCCGACACAUCCACAGUCAUACCGGCCACAAGCCUCACGCAUGUCAGUACCCGGGCUGCGAACGAGCCUUCGUUACAAAGGAGCAACUGAAGAACCACGAGACCACACAUACCCGCACCAAGGAGCACAUCUGUCCCGUCUGCGGCAAAGGUUUCGCCGUCAAAACAGCCCUGACCUCGCACAUGAACACGCACAAGGGAACGAAACCAUACAUCUGCGACAUCUGCCACAAAGGUUUCGCGGAUAGUUCGAACCUCUCCAAGCAUAAA